AUUCGAGGGGCGGUCGGUAGUCCCCGAAAUUAAAAAAAUCCGUCAUUUGACCAUUGUAUAAUUUUCCCUUCAUUGGGAGAACAGUCUGUGAUACGUUGUGAUGUUUGUGUGUAGGUUUCGUGUAUUUUGAUGCUCUAGAAGUUUAAAAAUUUGAAAGUGGGCUAAGCGACCAACCAUCCCAAAUCGAUGGACUCGUCCAAACAAGCUCCGAGAUUUGAAGCAGCCAGUCAGUCGACAAUCGGUCAUCGUUUCGGGUGGUACGGAACAGAAUGUGUCAGAAUUUUCUUUUGAUGAAUUCUAGUGUUUUCCAAUUAUUUCCCAGUGAAAUUAUCGCGGAUCGGUUGCAAUUGUACGGUGCAUCGCCGGCACCAGUCCGAACGGAAGAACUUUCCGCGAAAGAGGCUUUUGUAAGCCGCCUCGAUGUAAUUUGAAAUGAAACGGCUGCGAGUGGAUGAGACGCUGAAAGAAGGAAGUGUGUCUCCAGCUACAGCUGCUCUAUACAGCAUUACUCAGCAGCAAUCGUCGACGACCUCGUCGUCAUCAUUGUCCUACUCGAGUGCUAGCAACGUAAAAGUGGUCAGUGAAGGAAUGCAGUCGGGACUUUAUCCGCCGCCUCCGGUGAGUUACGGCGCGAUGCCGACGGCGACUGCGCCCCACUCUGGCAAAGCUUCCGCAGCGAUGCAACCAUUGUCCGUUGGCGGCGGUGGUGGUGGAGGUGGCGGCGCCCAUACUCAAUUACGCACCAGUGCCGGUUCUUCGCCGCCCACCGCCCCUCCUAUGCAAGAAAUGCAACAACAGCAGCAGCAGCAAUCUCAACAGCAAUCACCCGGCAGCAAUUUUCAACGUUUGAAAGUCGAAGACGCCCUUUCCUAUCUCGACCUGGUCAAGUAUAAAUUCGGCUCGAAGCCGCAAGUGUACAACGACUUUUUGGACAUUAUGAAAGAAUUUAAGAGUCAAAGUAUCGACACUCCCGGUGUAAUCCAGCGCGUGUCGAACCUGUUUAAGGGUUUUCCUGAUCUGAUCGUCGGUUUUAACACGUUUUUGCCACCGGGAUACAAGAUAGAAGUACAGAAAAGCGACCAAGGAUACGCCUUUCAAGUCUCAGUGAGCAUGCCGAGCCCUACAGGUAACAUGCCCUCCGAUCCUCAACAGCAGAAAAUGAUCAUGAGAGGUUCUGGUACGAUCAACAUGUCGAAUUCAUCGUCGGUAUUGAACACGCUGCCGCCUUGCCAGCCGCUGUCGUUGACGCCGCAGCACGUGCCCACGGUUCAGCCUCAAGCGGCGGCACCGUCGAUACCGCCACCCCCGGUGCCGGUCCAUCAUUCGGCGUCGAGUUACGGCAGUGGAGCGCCUACUUAUAAUAAUACAUCGAUAUCACUAUCGGCGGCGCAAGUUGCCGUUAGUCAAGCGUUAGGGCAUACGGAUACGCCGCAGAAUCAGCCGGUGCAGUUCAAUCAUGCCAUCAAUUACGUUAAUAAGAUUAAGAAUCGAUUCCAAGACCAGCCAGAAAAAUACAAGCGUUUCUUGGAUAUUUUGCACAUUUACCAGAAAGAACAGCGCACAAUGAAAGAAUCAUCUGGCGGCGGUUCCGGCGGCAAACACUUAACCGAGCAAGAAGUUUACAGUCAAGUAGCCAAGCUUUUUGAAAACCAGAGUGAUCUCUUGGCCGAAUUCGGUCAAUUUCUUCCCGAUGCCACAAGUCAUAUUAAUCCGACGCCAAUUUCCGAUCAUUCGGUCGUCAAAAAACCACCGACUAAACAACCCUACAGGGAAAAUAUCAUCGAUAGACCCUCUCACAAACCGAGUCAUCAUAUUUCGGGACAGUUGAAGCGUUCACCCACCUAUACUCCAAUGAUGCAUAGAGACGCACCACCACCGAAAAAACAUAAAAUGUCAUCGUGUAGAGAUGUGACAUUGGCCGAGGCCGGGAAAUACGGGACUUUGAAUGAUUAUGCCUUUUUCGAUAAGGUGCGAAAAGCUGUGCGCACACAAGAAGUCUACAACAAUUUCUUGCGCUGUUUAAUACUCUUCAAUCAGGAGAUAAUCUCGAAAAGCGAACUAAUAAUGGUAGUGACCCCGUUUUUGGGUAAAUUUCCCGAAUUGAUGCGAUGGUUCCGCGAGUUUCUCGGUCAAAACGAAGUCGAACCGAUGCCUUACAACGCCACACGUACGGAACGUCCGCAGGGCGAAACAGCACUCGAAAUCGAUCUCACCACUGCGAAACGUCUAGGUGCGAGUUAUUGCGUCAUUCCGCCGUCACAGGAGGGUCUGACUUGUUCGGGUCGAACUCAGCUGUGCAAGGAAGUUUUGAACGAUCAAUGGGUGUCUUUUCCCACGUGGUCGGAAGAUAGUACGUUUGUUAGUUCGCGCAAGACGCAAUAUGAAGAGUACAUGUACAGGUGUGAAGAUGAAAGGUUCGAGUUGGACGUGGUGAUCGAAACCAAUGCCUCCACAAUUCGAGUUUUAGAAGGUGUGAAUAAGAAAAUGAGCCGCAUGAACGCCGAAGACGUCGCCAAGUAUCGUCUGGAUGACUGCCUCGGCGGUUCUUCUCCUACUUUGCAUCAACGAGCCCUAAAACGGAUCUACGGUGAUAAAGCACAGGACAUUAUCGACGGCCUGAAACGAAACCCUCAGACUGCCGUUCCGGUCGUGUUGCGACGACUGAAAGCAAAAGAAGAGGAAUGGAGAGAGGCUCAAAAAGGUUUCAAUAAGAUAUGGAGGGAACAGAACGAGAAAUACUAUUUGAAGAGUUUGGACCACCAGGGGAUUAAUUUCAAGCAGACUGAUGUUAAAGCGUUGAGAUCGAAGAGUUUGUUUAAUGAAAUUGAGACGUUAUUUGAUGAAAGGCACGAACAGAACGAGGAAGGUGUUGAGCCAGUAGUCGGGCCGCAUUUGAUACUGCCCUAUAAGGAUAGGACUAUUUUGGAUGAUGCUGCGAAUCUUCUGAUUCAUCAUGUUAAAAGACAGACGGGGAUACAGAAAGGGGAAAAGAGGAGGAUUAAGCAUUUGUUGAGGCAGUUUUUGCCGGAGUUGUUUUUCCAUCCAAAGCAACAAUUGACGGACGAUGAACGUGAUGACGACGAAAAAGAAGAUGGCGAUGAAAGCCCGAUAAAUAGUCCCACUGGGAACAACUCUAAAGGUAAAAGCGAAUCGAGUCCAGGAAAAUCUCCCGGAAGAUUGGACGGAGAAGUUGAAGUCAAAACAGAUCCCGAUUGUAAAGAAGAAGACAUCAAAGUACCUUUACAUGCUCAAGUUUCGGAUCCGGAUGAAGCCUAUACUCUAUUCAUGGCCAAUAACAAUUGGUACAUAUUCCUACGUCUUCAUGCCGUUUUAUGCGAACGAUUGGCGAAAAUCUACGAACGUGCUGUAAUUCUAGCGGCUGAAGAAGCAAAAUCGCGAACUGGGCGCAAAGAAAGUACCGCCGUUGCACUCCGAUUAAAACCGAAGCCCCAAAUCGAAGUUGAAGAUUAUUACGUUGCGUUUUUGGACAUGGUUAAAAAUCUCUUAGAUGGUAAUAUGGACGCUAACACUUACGAAGACACUCUUCGAGAAAUGUUUGGUAUUCAUGCUUACAUCGCGUUUACUUUGGACAAAGUGGUUUCGUACGCGGUUCGCCAACUUCAGCAUUGUGUCACUGAACGAACUGCCAUAGCUUGCACUGAUUUGUUUGUCAAGGAACAAAAACGAGGGGCUACUGGAGGACCCUGUUCUACGGCGCAUAAAAGAUCCCAUCUGGAGAUGGCGUACCAAAGGCUAGGCGAAAAAGCGGUCCAAGACGAGAACUGUUUCAAGAUCUAUAUUUAUAAAAAAGAUUGUAGGAUGACGAUUGAAUUGCUUGAUACAGAUUCGGAGGAUCCUAAAAAAGUCGAAGAUACGAAAAAGUGGAGUUCGUAUAAAGAGUGUUACGCGGAUAUAACGCAUGUGGAUAAUAAGCCGAGAUCGCCGGUCUAUUUGAAUAGGAAUUUAAGGUUGUAUAAAAAACGUAUGGGGCUGCAUAAUAAGUCGUCACCGGUAGCGGAAAAGAAGAAUAAACAAGGAGAAGAGAAUGAUGAACAAAAGAAAAAUCAAGAGGACGAGAACAAAAAGACGAACAGGAUGGCGGACGAAGCCGAUAACAAAUUUGCUAUGUUGGAGGAAUUAGAAAGAAAGCUUAUCGAACGUCCGUUGCCUGAAAGGAAUCAAACGGAACAUCCAGGAUAUGAAGUGUCAGAUGAAACGCAAUGUAAAUUCAAUUCGCAGGAUCCGAAAAUUAUGUUUACUGUUAACAAGGAUAGUUAUUUGUAUAAAAUAAGUGCCUUUUCGAGAGCGAGAAAGAGUCAUCCAGAGAUAACGAAACGGUUGUCAUGUAAAUUUCGCGCGUGGCUGAAACGUUGGGCAAGUGCGAACGUUAGUGACGUGCAACAUAAACAGUGUACUGAUUGGUUGAUGGGUCGCGGCGAAAAUGUCGUGCCUAACCGAACACGGGUGCUAACGGACAAUGAUCUUUCACGAACUCCUUAUGUACCAUACAACAGAUACCGGGUCGAAAGGCUGAACGAAGACGCUACUGCUACGUGAUGUUGACGAUGAAUGAGGGAGAAUCAAUCAAUAAAUUAACAUUCAUAUGAAUAUUUCUCGUCUUGAAAUUGUUGUGUUUUUAUUUCUUCAGUUCCUUGAAACUUUUUUUAAAUUCUAUGUGCUUGUAGUGUUUUUUUGUUUAGUCCUUUUGAGUUGAAUUUCGUGGUGCGUUGUUUUCUUUUUUAAGUUUAAUGUUGUGUUUGCGCACAAUCGUUUUUAUGUUGUGAAAUUAUUUAUUGAUUUAUUUAUAACGUUAAACAUGCCCUCGAAGUGAUACUUUUUUAUGUAAGUUAAGAACUAAACGUACUUGUUUUUUACGCAAAGUUUUUCCGCCUACAAUAAAAGAUUAUGGUAUGUGGUGUUUUAGUUUAAAAAUUUAUGAGUAGUGCAAUAGUCGUUUUUAAACUAAAACAUUUUUAGCCUGUUGCAGGUUUUUCUUAUGUCUUUUAUUAUAGUACAAAAAAUAGAUUAUGUUUUUUUUGUAUUGCUCUUAUUGUACGGUUUUCUUUCUUAAAUUAUUGAUUUCCUGUUAUGGUUCUUUGUUAACUGAAUCAUUUUUUAACACUAAUGUUGACAUAUCCUUGGUGAAUUUUUGUUGUAAUUGGAUAACGACUCGCCUGAUUUUGGUUGGCAAAGUGCUUCCAAAGUUUGAUAUGGGCAGUCGAAAACUUAGCGACUAAGUCAUAAAAAAACAUAUAUUUUUAUAUUCAGAGAUAUGUCAGCAUGAUCCGCAUCGCCAUCCAUUUUGUAUAUAUUAAAAA